CAGGCAAUCCAUUUACGCGGGGCCCUCCAUUUCUUGGCUCCGUACAAAUCCCAACCCCUUCCCUCCUUUCUUCUUCCUUAAGCAAAAUCACUCGUCUGUAGUCUCCCUCUCUUUUCUGCAAGCAGCAAAAUUCACAGCCAUGCAAGAAGCUGAGCUCCACGAUUUGUCUGACGACGCAGAUUACGCUGCUUCUAUCCAGCAAGGAUCAGCGAGUUUCAUGAUGAGUAGCGAUAGCAGCAAGCAAAGCUCGUCCAGCGAACCAGAAGAUGCCGAAGUUGUGUAUGCUAAGGAUAACGUGACGAUUCAUCCGUCUCAGUUCGCUUCUGAGAGAAUUAGUGGAAGAUUGAAGCUUAUUAAGCAAGGCGCCUCUCUAUUUAUGACAUGGAUUCCAUACAAAGGUCAAGUCUCGAAUGCAAGAUUGUCUGAGAAAGAUAGGAGUCUUUACACCAUAAGAGCGGUGCCUCUUACUGACGUGCGUUCCAUUCGUCGACACACUCCAACUCUUGGGUGGCAGUACGUAAUUGUUGUUUUGUCAUCAGGACUUGCAUUUCCUCCUCUUUACUUCUACAAUGGAGGAGUUAAAGAGUUCCUUGCUACAAUAAAGCAGCAUGUUUUUAUUGUGAGGUCAUUGGAAGAUGCAAAUGUGUUUCUUGUCAAUGAUUUCCAAAAUCCUCUACAGAGAACUUUGUCCUCUUUGGAGCUUCCUAGGAUCAUUCCUACUGCAAGUGGGGCAUCUGCAUUUUCUUCAGCUGGUGAUUCUUCAUCUUAUGAAAACCAUGAGAGGGAUGAUGGGGAUUCCCACAAUGAAACUUAUGACACUUCACAUAAUGUUAGGAGGCAGAAGAGUAAUGAUCCUGCUCGAGAUCUCUCAAUCCAAGUGUUGGAAAAAUUCUCUCUUGUAACAAAAUUUGCUCGAGAAACGACUUCACAACUAUUCAGCGAAAACCAAAGCAAUGGAUUUGGUGAGUUUGGGAGGAAAAACUAUAGUCAUCCUUCCCUUGAUAUUCCUCAGACGACACCGAAGGACCCAGAGGAAGUUCCUUUUAGAAGUCCUGUACCCUCAGAUCCCAUAGAGUUUGACAAACUGACACUGGUGUGGGGAAAGCCACGGCAGCCACCCCUGGGUUCUGAAGAGUGGGCCACUUUCUUGGAUCCUGAAGGACGGGUUAUGGAUUCUAAAGCUUUAAGAAAGAGAAUUUUCUAUGGAGGAGUUGAGCACACAUUAAGGAGAGAGAUCUGGCCCCUUCUGUUGGGAUACCAUACAUACGAUUCAACAUAUGCUGAAAGGGAAUUCCUUCAGCACAGCAAAAAGUUCGAGUAUGAAACCACAAAAAGACAAUGGCAGAGUAUCUCUCCUGAACAGGCAAAGAGAUUUACAAAGUUUAGGGAAAGGAAAGGCCUUAUAGACAAAGAUGUGGUGAGGACUGAUAGAUCACUUCCCUUCUAUGAUGGGGAUGACAAUCCAAAUGUGAAUGUCUUACGUGAUAUUCUAUUGACAUACUCCUUCUAUAACUUCGAUCUUGGCUACUGUCAGGGUAUGAGUGAUUUAUUGUCUCCAAUUUUGUUUGUGAUGGAGGACGAAUCAGAAUCAUUUUGGUGCUUUGUGGCAUUGAUGGAACGUCUUGGACCCAACUUCAAUCGUGACCAAAGUGGCAUGCACUCUCAACUUUUUGCAUUAUCUAAGCUGGUGGAGUUGCUAGACAGUCCAUUGCACAAUUAUUUCAAGCAGAAUGAUUGCUUGAAUUACUUCUUCUGUUUCCGCUGGAUUCUAAUACAAUUUAAAAGGGAGUUCGAAUACGGGAAAACACUCUGUUUGUGGGAGGUUUUAUGGACACACUAUUUGUCUGAACACCUGCACCUGUAUGCAUGUGUUGCAAUCUUGAAGCGAUAUCGCAACAAGAUAAUGGGCGAGCAGAUGGAUUUUGACACGCUAUUGAAAUUCAUCAAUGAGCUGAGUGGCCAUAUUGACCUUGAUGCAGUCCUCAGGGAUGCGGAGGCUUUGUGUAUAUGUGCUGGUGAGAAUGGUGCUGCAGCUAUCCCUCCUGGAACUCCACCAUCAUUGCCUCUUGAGAAUCAGAAUGUUUUGUUAUAUUCUCAACAUGAUGAAGUAUUGUAAAUGAAAUGCCAUCUAUUGGCAAGAUUUACACAUUUAUUUUCUAAAUUUUCCAUGGAUACAUUCAAGCUUUGUAUAAUUAUUGAUCUUUCAGUACAAUAUUGGUAAUCAUAUUCGUUAAUUGGCACA